GAACUCGCAUGUAGUCGAUUGAUUACAGGUUUUUAAAGAGAAGUGUAGAGAGAUGAAAAAUAUUCAAGAUUUUUUCGGGAUGUUACUGCCUCAAGAUGACCUUCUUUUCAAGGACAAGUUUGUCUUUCCCGCUUUUGGCGUCACCGUUUACCAGUUGCCUUUUUUGGGUGUUUAAUAAACAAACCUAUUACGAGAAUUGUUCAGUUGUCAAAGCAGCGAUUGGACGAAAUAACAGAUCAAUUAGCAGUUUGAUCAGUUCGUGAACGAAGAAAGUACUUAAACGCUCGAGAACUAUUAAAUAAACCAUCGGGAAAUACGUGGAAUUUCUUACUUCGCAAUGAAGUAUUACGGAUUUCUCUAAUGCUGGCAGUUUUUAAAGACGUAUUGAUGAUCAAUGGAAUGCUGGAAUGCGGUGGAUGCAGCUUGGCUGUCGAUUAUCACCCUUUUGGUUGCAUUGCAGGGAUUUAGCUUCACGCUUUAUCAGGCUAGCACCAGACCAUUUAAUUCUUCGAAUGUACAUGCACUUUUUGUUUACGCCCUUAUCAACUUCACUGUUGGCUCUAUACUUUGGUAUUUUGUUGGUUAUUCCCUCUCUUUUGGUCCCUCACAGAAGGGUUUAAUUGGAAGCCUUGAUGAUGCAUUCUUUUUGGGUGUGUCUGGUUCCAACUGUUCUGUUCAUGCUGACUCUGUGCCAGGAAUUCUUUUUGCAAGUUUUGAAAUGAUGCUGGCUGUCAUUCCUCCAUUUAUGCUUUUAUCUGCUUGGGCUGAACAAAUGAACAUUCUUGGAGCGUUGACUAUUUUUAUCCUUUGGCCAAUAUUUGUAUAUUAUCCUCUAACUCACUGGAUACGUGGAGAAGGAUGGCUCCAGCACCACUUUGGAAUUGUGGAUCAGUCUGGAAGUUUGACAAUACAUGCUUCCACAGGUUCUUCUGCACUUGUUUUCACCAAGGUCUUUAAUGGGGUUCAUGAAAACCAAACACACAAACAAGAGCACAAGAAAGAAAAGGUGCACCCUCCAAAUGUAUACCUUCUAGCUGGGGGUCUGAUCACUUCUCUAGGAUGGUAUUGCACAAAUGUUGGAUCGGUACAUAAGUUCAAUGGUGCAGCAAUCCUUUCAUUGAUUAACUGUGACCUCUCUAUCUGUGCAUCUUUACUGAGCUGGUUGAUUGUGAUGUAUGUCACCAAAAAAAGUUACAGGAUGACAGAUCUUUUACAAGGCAUUAUAGUUGGUCUUGUAGGUGUUAGUGCAUCUUCUGGUUCGAUAGAGCUGUGGGCUUCAAUGAUCAAUGGACUCAUUCUAGGUCUGAUAUCAUCAGUUGUUUCAUGGUGUGUACAGAAAUACCAGCCUUUAUGGACCAGUACAGGAGUGCACGAUAUCACUUAUAUUCAUGGUGUUCCUGGCAUUCUUGGGGCAGUAACAGCUGGUCUGUUUACAAAAUCAUCAAAGGAUGUUACAAGUGCAAACGGUGCUUUCUAUUCCAAUGGUUCUCAACUGGGUGUUCAGCUGCUGGGUGUGGUCAUUACCACCAUGUGGUCUGUACUAUGGACUUACUCAUUGAUUUGGCUCAUAAGAGUAACAGUUGGUCUGGACUUAGAUAAGAAAAACAAAAUGUUUGGGGCGUAUGAUACCGCGAAUAGUUUACCGUCAUCCGUGAUAAGCAGUGACAGGGAAGUUCUUCACAAAAGACUCUUCAAGGUGGCGGCCAAAGGAGAUUUACAAGAAUUGGAUAACUUGCAUGUUCAACAAGUGUCUUUUGGUGUGCAAGAUUUUGAUAAACGAACGCCACUUCACGUGGCCUGCAUGCAUGGUAAUCUCAGCUGUGUAAAGUUCCUUCUCCGGCAACCUGGUGUGGAUAAUCACGCAAGAGACCGCUGGAAAGCGUCACCACUGUCUGAAGCUGUACAGUUCGGUCAUAAUCAGGUGGUGCAGUGUCUGUUACGUCACGGAGCGGGAUGGUGUGAGGACGGAGUCGGAGACUUGCUCUGCAGCGCUAUUGUGGUAAACGAUGUGGAGGAGCUUCAACGCCUGGUGUCUCUUGGCGUGGAUGUGAAUGCACCAAAUGAAGAUGGUGGCACUGCUCUUCAUGUUGCAGCCGCUGUUGGGAGUAGGGGAGUAGUACAUUACCUCACUGAUCACAGAGCAGACAUCAAUGCUGUCGACUCGCUUGGAAAUACGCCUUUGAAUUAUUCGAACAUGCACGAGCACCUCGCGGUUAGCCAGUUACUCGAGGGUCUGGGUGCCAAGCGAUUGUCCCAUCAUUACAGCACGCACGAAAUCUGUGAAGUGGCUACCACAGGCAAUCUGCAGAUGCUGAGACAUAUGGUUCAUAAUGGCGCCACGGUAUGUUACAGGGACUUCAACAAACGGACGCCGCUACAUGUCAGCGCGGCUGAGGGUCAUUUGGAUGUGGUUAAAUUUCUUCUUUUACAACCUGGAAUAAACAUCAAUGCUAGAGAUACAAAUGAUUUUUCUCCUCUUCUCGACGCCAUCGUGAAUGGCCAUCAUGGGGUGGUGCAAUACUUGAAGGCACGUGGAGGUACCAUAAGUGAAUGCAAGUUGGCCUCCAUGAUGACAAACGCUGCCAGCACCGGUGACACAAGGACCAUGUAACGUUUAAUAAGAUGGACCGGUCACGUGAACGUGUCUGACUUUGAUGGACAGACCGCACUCCAUACAGCGGCAAUGUGCGGCAGGCUCAAUGUUGUCAACCUGUUGCUUAAGGAGGGCGCAGAUGCAACACUCGUUAAUCGUUAUGGGCAGAUUCCGUUGCAGAUAGCAACAGCUAAUGGACAUACAGCAGUUGAAAAGGAACUUCGGAAAUUUCUAAAGCUAACUGAAGAAAUUCUCGUUACCGACCAGGUUACCGUAACAACAUGCUACAGCCCUGAAGCGAGAAGGCGAGGACGGAAAUCCAAAA